AUGAAUGGCGUUGAGCAUGUAAAGAUUGGGAAACACAUAUUCCCACUCUACUCCCACCCGUUACUACGCACCAGACUGCGGGAAGAGGCAUAUGUGCAGCAGCAGAUUGAAGAACAACUCCGCGAUCCACGACUGCAGCAGGCGGUGAAUGAAGUCGUGGAAGAACUUUUCCAACAGGACAUUACCAGUGAACUCUCAGAAGAAGAAACCGCUCUUCUCAUGGAACGGGCUCUCGCACGAUUGGAUAGACUUUAUCAAGAGAAGGAACAGAAAAGAAGUCCUUCACCGCUUUCACCACUUCGACAGGGACUUACUAGUAGUAACAGUAAUCAUAGUACCCUUUGUGAUGGUUAUUAUAAUCACUCAAUGGAUAGAAGGAAUAAUUAUUAUUAUUAUUAUAAGAAUAACAAUAACAAUAAUAAUAAUAAUAAUAGUAAUUAUACACCGAAAAGUAAUACAGUGCGAGUAUUACAAAAGAUAAAAUUACCCACACGUCAAUUUUCACCUCUGAAAGAAAAUCCCAACCGUUUUUCUUCACAAUCCACCCGUUCUGUUCCAUUACCAACUCUUCGUAAAGGACAAAAACAACAUGAGAUGUCAUCCCUACGAAAACGGAAAGAAUCACCAUUGCGUGAAAAGGUGAAAACCAAUAAUGAUAUUGGAAUCCUUUAUGGACCUUUGGCAGUUCCAUGGCGGCGGUUUCUUCCCUCCAAUUUAGAUGAAGAAGAAGAAGAAGAUAAAAAAGAACAGACAACUACAACUUCACAAGGAGAAGAAGAAGAAGAAGAAAAAGAAAAAGAAGAACAAUCACAUGAAUCUUCAGUAUCCCCUUCACCUGCAGUUCAAGCACCACCUGAAUGGCGGAAUGCAGUGCGAACUAUAUUCUAUUCUAUGCUUUCACUCCGCUUAGAAGGUGGUGAUGGUGUUCAGUUUGAAGAAAUGGAUUUACGCAGUGGGGCCCAGCGGCUGUUGAAACUGCAAGGGGCUGAACUGGAUUCACUCAGCCACGAUGCCUUUGGGGCGUUAGAUAUAACGAUGGAUGGGAAUUCAUCUGCAAUUCAUUAUCGUCCAAAGGUUGAACCUAGUAUUCUUCAAUGCUCACGUAUGCGACAGGCGGAAAAGGCAAUGAAAUUGAAACCAAAUACAUUACGACAAGAAACUAUUUCUGCACUUGCACGAUCUAAUGCUAUUAGUGCGAAUACAACGGAAAGAUAUCCACGUAUUACAGGGGCAUCACUGAAACACUCAUGGUUAAAUAACUCUACACCAGUCAUGACACCUACACCUGUACAAGGUAAUGUCUCAUUUGAGUUACCAACAGCUACUUAUCGUAGUCGUGUGUUGGGGUCUGUUGUGAAAAAGAAACCACCAUGCUAA